CUUGUAUAUUGAUUAAUUGAUAGAUAUAAUGGAGAGAUCUGAAUUUGAUGGAAUAUGGUUCCUCUCUUCUUUCUCUGCCACCAAGCUUGGCUCGAUUGCUAUUCAAGGUACUCUGAAAAGGGCCAAUAUUGAUCCAUCACUUGUGGAAGAAGUCUUCUUUGGGAAUGUUAUUAGUGCUAAUGUGGGGCAAGCUCCUACAAGACAAGCAGCCUUAGGAGCAGGAAUACCCAAUUCAGUUGUGUGCACCACUGUCAACAAAGUUUGUGCCUCCGGAAUGAAAGCUGUAAUGCUUGCUGCACAAAGUAUUCAAUUAGGUUUAAACGAUGUUGUUGUCGCUGGUGGUAUGGAAAGCAUGUCUAAUGCACCUAAGUAUUUGACAGAAGCAAGGCAUUGGAUCAAGAACUUUGCUUUACCAUGGUUGAUGGAGACUUUAAGAAGUUUAAUGAUUUGUGAUUUUGGGCUUGCAAAGUGGUUGUCACCAGAUGCUGAUCAGCAACAUGUCACAAGAUUUGAAGGCACAUUUAGGUAUUCUGCUCCUGAAUAUUUGACGCCUGGCAUAAUAGAUGAGAAAACAGAUGUUUAUGCAUUUGGGAUCCUUUUGCUGGAGAUUUUAACCAGGCGUAAGGCGUAUGCAAAGCCAUUAAUUGAUGCUUAUAAUGUUAAGGAGCUUGUUGAUCCAUCGCUUGGUGAAGAUUAUGACAGAGCAGGUGGAACAUCUUUUUUUGACUGCUUCUCUACUGUAAAUUAA